CAGGGGUAUACAACCAGAAUAACAUUGAGGCCUAAGGAGCUAAGUUCUGCUCAGCAGUGCUGACGUGGCUAGAAAGCCGCUUUAUAGCCGCAUAUUGCUUAGUCAUCCGUAAUCCAGCUGGCUUAGCUGGCUCUGAGCCUUGCUGGCACAAUCGGCCCUGACAGAUUGUCCCCCCUUAUCAGGCCUUGUCCUCAAGGCCUUUGAGGCUUCCGAGCUUUCGUUGCUUCCAGGCUUCCGUUGCUCCCAGGCUUCCGUUGCUUCCAGGCUUUCGCUGCUUCCUAGCUGCUCCUACGCCUUCUCAAUGCUUCAAGCUCUUAAGAUCUCUCAGUGCUUCAGGCUUCUCAAAGCUUCUCAAGAUCCCUCAGUGCCUCAGAUUUCUCAAAGCCUCUCAAGAUCUCUCAGUGCUUCAGGCCUCUCAAGGCCUCUCAAGAUCUCUCAGUGCCUCAGGUUUCUCAAAGCCUCUCAAGAUCUCUCAGUGCUUCAGGCCUCUCAAGGCCUCUCAAGGUCUCUCAGUGCCUCAGGCCUCUCAAGGCCUCUCAAGGUCUCUCAGUGCCUCAGGCCUCUCAAGGCUUCUCAAGAUCUCUCAGUGCCUCAGGCUUCUAGGCCACUCAAGGUCUCUCAAGAUCUCUCAGUGCCUCAGGCCUCUCAAGGCCUCUCAAGGUCUCUCAGUGCCUCAGGCCUCUCAAGGCCUCUCAAGAUCUCUCAGUGCCUCAGGCUUCUAGGCCACUCAAGGUCUCUCAAGAUCUCUCAGUGCCUCAGGCCUCUCAAGAUCUCUCAGUGCCUCAGGUUUCUCAAAGCCUCUCAAGAUCUCUCAGUGCCUCAGGUUCCUCAAGGCCUCUCAAGGUCUCUCAGUGCCUCAGGCCUCUCCACCAUCUCCCUCCUUCUCUUCUGGCUUCGUCCCCGAAGCCUGUGAAAAAAAAAAAUCUCUUUUUAAUCACAUUCCAGACGUAAGUCUUCCGAGUGCAAUACCCGCGCCAUAUACGCUGCUCAGUCGCUGCUUCCUCAGCGCUUUAUCCAGGCACUCUUCAGAACUUAAAGCUGUUUGAUGUAGGUUGCAAGCCUUCCACCAGGGACUUGGUUUGCAGCCAAGGAGCCCAGCAUCCAGGACAGCGUCCCUGCAGCUAUAACGGAUAAUUACAGCUUUCCGUCUUGAGAGUUGCUCUCUAGCAACUCUGAAGCUGUUGCUACGCUUCGCUCCACCGCUAAGCACAGAAGGAUAAUUGGUUCACAACCUAAUACCCAAGCAACUUCAGUUGCCAAGCAGACACUCCGCUUCAGCUCUGCGCUCUCGCUCAAAUAGCGAAAAGCAC